AUGGGUUGGUUCAGCGAGGAUAUGCCCAAAUCUAAGCCCUCUUGGAUCCCUUCAGGAUGGUCCGUUCCUUGGAAAUCCACACCUCCAAUUCCAACAAGAGCACCAUGGCCUAGCUUUGAUUCAUUAAGUCACAAUGGCUGGUGGGCAUCCAAAGUUGAGCCCGAGAGCCAGGAUUGGUAUCUGGUCCUCAUUGACAAGUUUGGUAUCAGUGGAACUAUUGGUCUGAUUCUCGGAUUUGUUGUUUGCUUGAUUCUUGUGAAUCUGGGCCAAAGAUCUUUCAGUCUCCCGUUCAAGAAAGGUGUCUCUGGUAAGCCAUCGAAGGCGUUGAUUCCCAAGGGAACACAAUCUGCCCUCAAGAGCAUCAAAGGAACUGCACCAGGUAUACUCACAAGACUGAAUCCAUUCAACUGGAAAAUUUUCAAUCUGCAAAAGAUCGCGGAAGAAGAGGAUGAUGAGAAAUAUCAAGCAGGGGAGCCAUAUGGUGACCCCAGCGUGAUGGCCACCGGUCUCGUCAAAGAUCUCAAGUCUGUUGGACUCAAGGCAAGCGUGAGAGAUUUGCAAACAUUGUUCAAAGUGGUUAAAACCAAAGGAAAGCCUGUUAAUGAUCGGGAGAUGACGAUGGAAAAGAUGAUCGCUAUUACAUCAGCUCUGCCACGCCACUCAAAGACGCGCAAGAAGUUGUCAGGUAUUAUCAUUGACAGCUUAUGGCAAAGCUUGCAGCAUCCUCCACUCAGCUACUUGGGGGACAAGUUUCAGUACCGAACCCCCGACGGAAGCUACAAUAACCCUCUUCAGCCCGAUCUUGGUAAAGCUGGUAGUCCCUAUGCUAGAACGGUUCCAAAGCUCAAGCAUUUGCACGGUGUUCAACCCGAUCCGGGACUUUUGUUUGACCUGCUCAUGGGUCGGACUGAUGAUAGCUUCAAAGAAAAUCCAGCUGGUAUCUCUUCGGUUCUUUUCUAUCAUGCCAGCAUUAUUAUCCAUGAUGUGUUCCGCACGAACCGCUUUGACUCGAACAUCUCCGACACUUCUUCCUAUCUUGACCUUGCUCCAUUAUAUGGAUCAAGUCGUGCUGACCAGGAGAGCAUUCGGACAAUGCAAGGUGGUCUUCUUAAGCCGGACACAUUUGCUGAAAGGCGACUCCUGGGAUUACCCCCUGGAAUAAACGUUAUGCUUGUCAUGUAUAGCCGGUUUCACAACUAUGUCGCCGAUGUUCUUCUGAAGAUCAACGAGAAUGGACGGUUUACUUUGCCGCCAACCAGAACCGAGGAGGCUAAACAACGCGCUCUUGUAAAACAGGACGAGGACUUGUUCCAAACAGCACGACUUGUCACCAAUGGUCUCUAUAUUAAUAUCUGUUUGCACGAUUAUCUUCGCGGGUUGACAAACACUCAUCACUCUGCAAGUGAUUGGACCCUUGACCCUCGUAUUGCUGUCGAAAGACAUUUUGACCCAGAUGGUGUCCCGAGAGGUGUCGGCAACCAAGUAUCUGCAGAGUUCAAUCUUCUAUACCGAUUCCACUCCACCAUCUCCCAGCGAGAUGAGAAAUGGAUGAACGAAUUCUUGAGAAGCCUAUUCCCAGGCAACAACAAGCCACUCGACCAACUUACUCCUCAAGAAUUCAUUCAAGGUCUAUUCCGAUUUGAGCAGAGUAUUCCGGAAGAUCCUUCCAAGCGCGAAUUCUCAGGUCUCAAGCGUGACGAACACGGUCGGUUCAAAGAUGCGGAUCUAGCAAGAAUUAUGAAGGAAAGCAUGGAAGAUCCAGCUGGUCUCUUUGGUGCCAGGAUGGUUCCCAAGGCACUGCGCAUCAUUGAGGUUACUGGAAUUCUCACAGCGCGGAAAUGGCAGCUUGCGUCUCUGAAUGAGAUGCGUGAUUUCUUCAAGUUGAAGCGCCAUGAUACAUUCGAGGAUAUUAACCCUGAUCCCGAGAUUGCUGAUCUUCUUCGAAAACUGUAUGAUCAUCCUGACAUGGUUGAGAUGUAUCCCGGAAUGUUCCUUGAGGAUGCUAAGCCGCGUAUGGAUCCAGGCUGUGGUGGAUGUCCACCAUACACAGUUGGAAGGGCAGUUUUCAGUGAUGCUAUCACUUUGGUGCGAUCGGAUCGUUUCUGUACAAUUGACUAUACCGCGUCGAACCUGACAAGUUGGGGCUUCCAAGAAGUCCAGCAAAACCUGGACAUAAUGGGAGGAUCAAUGUUCCACAAAUUGUUCCAACGCGCUCUACCAGGAUGGUUUCCUUAUAAUUCCCUCCACACCACACAGCCAAUGUUCACUCGAAAGAUGAACGAGGAAAUUGCAAGAGAAAUCGGGACAAUUGGAAACUUCUCGCUUGCUGACCCAGCACCGCCCCCAGCACCUAUCAUCUUGACGAAGCAUUCUACCGUAACGAAGGUGCUGAAGGACCAAGCGAACUUCCGCGUGCCGUGGAUCAAAUGGUUGAACGAUAUCGUUCCGGGUAGGACAUUCAACGGCUCCAUGCUGGCAGGGGACCUUCCCGUAAACACUGCCCAGAAGAAUCUGGUAACCGAUAUUAUGUUCAGUCCGACGGAAUUCAUGCAGCUGUUUUCUGCGACGGCGAUGGCUGUUGGAAAGGAACUGAUCGAUAGAGAGACUUUGAACUUGAAAACAAGUUUAGACCAGCUCGAUAUUGUUCGCGACAUAGCAAUUCCGUUGAACACCCGGCUUCUUGCGGAUCUCUUUGCUUUGGAUCUCAAGACACGCGAGAACAAGGGUGGAAGUCUCAGCGGGCCAACAUUAUAUCAACACCUAGUGGAUGUUCGAACAUUCAUCUUCAACAAUAAUGAUCCGGCUCUCGCUUUGCAACGCAGAGAUGCUGCUCGCGAGGGAGUUGAAGUCCUGACAGAGACCGGCUUGCAAGCGAUUUCUGGCGGAAGCUCUCGAUCCCUUCUAUCGCGAAUUCCACUCAUUGGCUGGAUAUUUGGUUCAAAGAACGCCCAGAGAAGCAAGCCAGCUGCUGGGUCUCUGCGCUGGUAUGGCCAGAAUGUGAUGAGAGAGAUCAUUGCUGCUGGAAAGACCCCCGAGGAGACUGUCGAUAUCGGCUGGCUGACUGCCGUUGGUGGUGUUGGAGCCCCGAUCGGAGUGUUUGUUGACGUUGUUCAAUUCUUCCUCAAAGAAGACAAUGCCCACCAUUGGGAGGCCAUACAGGGACUUGUCGGUCACUCUGAUGUGAAGUCAGCUGAUAGCACCCUGCGACAAUACGUUCUUGAAGCUCAGCGUUUAACAAGCAGCCAGCGAAACCUUCGCGUCUGCGUCAGUGAAACCACAAUUGAUGGCAGAACUUUCAAAGCUGGCGAUGCACUAGUGUCACUACUGGGCCAAGCAUGCAUGGAUCCAGAAGUCGUUCCCAAUCCCCAUAAAUUCAAACUCGACCGACCUGCCAGCGCGUACAUUCACUAUGGAUACGGUGCACACGAAUGUAUCGGUCGGGAGAUCUCCCUGUCCUUUGUCGUAUCUCUUGUCAAGCUAUGUGCAGGUUUGAAGAAUCUCCGGCCUGCACCUGGUGACAUGGGAGUCUUGAAGCAAAUCACACUUGGUACAGAACGAUGCUAUCUCAACGACAGCUGGUCUCACUUGACCUUUGACCCAACAACAUGGAAACUUCAUUUCGAAGGCCGCGGCAAGGGUGUCUACAAACACCCCAAGACGCCCGUUACUGCUGGUAGAGAUCUAAACGCCUUGUCCAACUCACUCAUCCAGCAACAGAAAGACUUUUUGCAGACAACUGUGAAGAUCACUAAUGGCGGGGGUAUCAUUCACACUCUCAAGGAUGAUGUGCAUCUCGUUACUGAUGAAACCAACGGUGAACUUGACGGGGCCACUGACCUCGAGGGAGACUCUGAUUCGGUGGUGCACCAAAUCAUCCCUAUCUUCGAGGAUGAACAACAUGAUGAGAUAGUCAAUACUAUGCAUGAGGUGAGCUUCUCAUCUAUGAGUCACUCUUAUGAGAGAAGUCAUGAGAGGGAUCAUGAGAGGGACCUGAGCUAUGGACUGACACGGGGACAGUGA